AUGGAACAAUUAAAAGAAAACAAGCGAAUAAUUAACAGAAACAACGAUUUAACAGAAUUUUUAUUAAAAUCCAACAUCGAAAAUGAAGAAAUAAAAAAAGAAUAUCAAAAUAAUUUGGAAGAAAUUAAAAAUAAAAAUUUGGAAAUAAUUGAAGAAAAUAACCGUCUUUCAAUUAAAGUUGAUUUUUUGAGGACAAAAAUGGAAAAAUUGGAAAAAGAAAAUGAAAUUAGAUUAAAAGAAGUGAAAAAAUUGAGAAAAGAAAAUGAAGAAAUAAUUGGGGGGAAUGAGGGAUUAAUUAAAGAAAAAUUAAAUUUAGAGAAGGAACUGAAGGAUUUAAAGGGGGAAAAUGAAAAAUUGAGAGGGGAAAAUGAGGGAAAUUUAAAAGAAAAAAAUAAAUUGGAAAAAGUUGUGUUAAAUUUGGCUGAAGAAAAGAUGGAUUUAAUUGAAGAAAAUGGGGCUAAAAUGGAAGAAAUGAAGAGGGAGAAUGAAGGGAAGAUGGGGAGAAUGAGAGAAGAAUUUCAGAAAUUAAUUAAAGAAAAUGUGAGGCUACUAAUGGAAAGGGAAAAUUUUAAAGAAGAAAUUGCGAAGAUUAAAGAAGAAAAUAAUUUGAAUAAAGAAAGAUUGAAUACAUAUGAAAAAAGGUAAAUAAAGGAUGUUGGAAGGGAUUUUUAAAAUUAUUUUUUGAUGUAAUUAAGACCACAUACCGUAUUUUCUCGAUUAAUUCCCCUUCUCGACUAAUUC